AGUCUAGGGUCUACUGGAUGGUCUAGGUCCUAAGUCUAUAUCUAAUUUGGCCUAAUAAAUAAUAUUCCCUAUGUAACAUAUAAUCUAGAUCUACAUACAGAUUAUAGAUUGUUGUAUAUAUAACUAUAUUAAGUAUAUUAUACUAUAAUAUACUUAAUAUAGUUAUAUAUACUAUAAUCUAUAAUCUGUAAUUAUAGUACUAUAGUCAGAGUCUAGUUGUAUAGGAUAGUAAAAUGUUUUACAUGUUUCGGAUGUUCCUCGAGAAUUGAAGAUUAUAAUCUUCUUCCUCGCCAAAACCUCCCACAGGAUGAUGCCUUUGAUGAGGGAUGGCAGCGAGCAGGUUAUGAACCCUGGGUGACCAGUCCAGCGCUCAUAGAUCUAAAUCUAACAAUGGCAUCUCAAGACAGUAACAGUGAACCAGCAUUUGAGAAGCUCUCUAAUGAAUUUCUUAUCUGCCCAUUGUGCUAUGAACAUUAUAAAACUCCUAAAGUGCUGCCAUGCCAACAUACAUUUUGUUUGCCUUGCCUGAGGAGCUAUGUAGCUGCUAGAGGAAUUGAUGGAACAGUGCCAUGCCCCAUGUGUAAAGAGUUGGUUUUGAUACCCAGCAACGAUGUGGCCAACCUGAAAAAUAACUUUAUGAUUGUCAGUCUGCUGCAUUUUGUUGAGAGUUCUAAAGCUGCAUCACCCCCUGCUCAGAAACUGGCUAGCUUGCCACAGCAAGGGAAUACGUCUAGUCUAGAUAAAGCUCAGAUACCCUGUGGAGCAUGCAGUGAAGCAGCAGGUCUGAACAGCUUUUGCCAAAUUUGCUCCCUUUGGUUAUGCUCAACGUGUACUAAGGCACACAGCCGAUUAGCUCAGACAAGUAACCACCAGCUAAUGAGUGCAAGCGAUGUUGAUAAACACUGCAAGUCCUUGGUGGACAUGGGAGAAAAAGCUCUUUCAGAGCUGCAGCUGGCCAAUUUGGAAAGUCAAGAAAUCCUGAUCUCCCAAAUUCAACAACUUCCUGAAAACUUGUCUCUUAUGAAGGCCAAAAUUCUGUCUGUGGCCGAGGAAGCUCAUAAAAUUAUACAAGACAAAACCACAGAACUGACCCAACACCUGACACAGUUUCAGCAGAACCAAGAACAAGAGUUGUCCAUGAAGCUGGACUUAACCGAAAACAGGAAGAAAGAUCUUGACCAGAUACAGACUCUUCUGAGUCAAGUGAACAUUUCCAGUGAUGGUUAUGACAAUCAAGUGGCAAUGAAAACUGUGGAGAAUUUUUUAAACACGGCUUCUGUCGCUGAUUUCUCUUUGUGUUCUGACGUCCCUCCUAGCUUGGCGUUCACACCCUUCAACACUUUGCCAGAGUUAAAAAAUUUGAAUCUGGGACAUUUGUCUGCAAUACUAGAUCCAAAAAACAGCUCCACAUUUUUAAAUAAUCGUCCUUUAACUGUUCACAAAAUAUCGUCUCUUAUUGAGCGGGAGUACAUCAGUGCUUUGGCUAUCAGCAAAUUCGCAGACAAAUUUGUGGUUUCCAAUAAUAAAAGCAUUGUGGUUUUUAAAAAUGGAUCUAAGCAACCAACCACAUUUUUGUCUCCCCUGACGGAAAGACCUAUAUGCAAACCAUGGGGAAUAACUUACUGUGAAGAGCACCGUCUGGUUUUUAUCACAGAUGCAGGCAGACAUGAGGGAGAAGGUGCUGUUGUAGCCUACAGUCAUGAUGGUGCCUUCCAGUCAGUCAUAGCUUCUGGACUGACACUCCCAAGGGGUAUUACCGUGCACAAGAAUUUUAUUUUUGUGUGUGAUCAAAUUGAUAAAUGCAUAUAUAUUUUCAAUAUUCGGGGCAAAAUACACAAAAUACUUAAAAAGACUGCAGAUGGUCGAUAUUAUUUUACAGGCCCUAUGUUUAUAGCUGUAGGAAAUAAUGGUUUGAUAGCCGUCUCCGAUGAUUGCUAUUCAGUGAAAAUAUUCGACAGAGAAUGCAAUCUAUUGUUUACCUACUAUUCUAGUUUGGCAGAGUCACAGUUUUGGGAUGUUACAGUAAUGCAUUGUGGUUCUGUAAUUGUUUGUGACUGGAAGCAUGGUCUACACAAGAUCUCAUCUGAUUUCAGGAACAACGGUCUUGUUUGCAUAGAGAAAAACUCAUUGAGGGAGCCAUCAGCCUUGGCUGUAUUAGAAAAUGGAAAUGCAAUUUUUGUGGCAACAUUUGAAGGUGAAGUCUAUACUGUAAUUUAGCUUGGUAGCUAAGCGUUAAAGCAAUGUUUUUUUUUUCCCAGUGCCAUGGACUCAAAUCCUGAUAAAUUAGGCUGUGAUUUGUACAUGAGACUAGAGGCUUAGAUUAAUAGAUCUACAAAAGAUCAUCAGGAUUUUGUGGGGCAUGCACAACAUCAUGACAAUGAUUGAUCUAAGUAAUGUGUCAGCCGUACUUUAGCUGCUACACGUGCAGAGAUCUUGAGGUUUCAAGGACACAAAACUUAGAAUUGUAAUACUAAGUUUUUACAAAACUCUUAAAAUUCAUAGGUCAGUUUAUUUAUUAAAUUUUUUUUUUUUAAUGGUAUUAUCAAAACUUUUGAUUAAUAUAUUUUAUAAUUUAGUUUUACAGUUAGUGUAGAUACGUUAAAACAAAACUCUUAAAAUUCAUAGGUCAGUUUAUUUAUUAAUUAUUUUUUUUUAAUGGCAUUAUCAAAACUUUUGAUUAAUAUAUUUUAUAAUUUAGUUUUACAGUUAGUGUAGAUACGUUAAAACAAAACUCUUAAAAUUCAUAGGUCAGUUUAUUUAUUAAUUAUUUUUUUUUAAUGGCAUUAUCAAAACUUUUGAUUAAUAUAUUUUAUAAUUAAUAUAGUUUUACAGUUAGUGUAGAUAUGUUAAUUUCUCUUUUCUUCUAUGAUAGUAUUGUAUUAUCAAAAUAAGAAACUUUACCAAAAACUGUUCACAUUUCAUUUGGUUUCAAUUAAUAGUGAUUGCAUAUAAUAUAGAUCUUUUUUUUUUUCUUGUUAACAGUACUAAAUUUUGUGGUGUGGAAUUAGUUCAAACAGAUUUUUUUUUUACAAAUGCUGUUCACAGCUAAAAGCUUUUGAGAACUUUGUUUUAUUAGCUGUUUUAUUUCCUAGUGUGAUAUUUGAAACCAGUGCCAAUGUUUUGGUGUAAUUCUGUGUUCUUUGACUGAUUUGCCUGUUAUAAAAUAAAAAUAUUGACAUUUGAAAAAGAUUUCCAGCAGUUAGCAGUCUGUUCAUUUGAGUUUUUAACCUAUUGCUCACACUUGACAGGAUGCUGCAUUGCAACUCUGUAACAUUGAGGACUUGUAAUUGUUAUAAACUUAGCCAAAAUAGACUGUGCCAACGUACAAUUGUCAUUAUUGCAGAUAGUUUCAUACUUUUAAGUACUUACUAAAUGACAUUUUUCUAAGAUUUUUAAAGACCUGCAGAAUCCUCAAACAGUUCCAGAAAAGAAAAAAAAUCCAACUUUAUCACAGUUUUGGAGAUAAGAAGGAUUCCCAUUGAAAUGGAUAUGUUGUGGAAAAACAACACAACUUAUCAGAAUGCUUAAAUUGUUGUCAGUUAAGCAAUUAGAAAGUUGAGAUUUACUUCCAUAUACUGGUAUACAGAAUAUAUAUAUGUAUAUAUAUAUAUGUAUAUAUAUAUAUGUAUAUAUAUAUAUAUGUUUAUGUAUAUAAAAUAUAUAUUAUGUAUAUAUUUAUAUAAAAGCAAAGUGGUGGCUAAAACAACUAACUCUGGUUCCCCAAUCCUUUUUCACACAUGCAAAUCCCACAUUCAUGCAAACAAAUAGUGACAACACAGACUAGUCGACAAUAUAGUUUACUUUGGCCAGUUGACACAUUAACAUUAAUUAGUCAAAUAAGUCUUUAAAAAAUGGUAAUUAUUUUCAUGCUUUCAGUGUGCUAUAUUCUGUAUUGUGUGGACAAAUAUCAGGUCCAAAUGAAGUGCAUUGUUUCCUAUUUAAUGUCCUGAGACAAAAUGAAUAAAACUUAUAUUGUAAUCACA